UCCCAGCCAACGGUGCCUCACAGGUGUGACAGCCGCAGUGCGAGUGCAAGCCUUGGUUUUAAGAUCUGGAUAUCGAAACCGAAUUGGAUUAAACACCACACACACACACUCCUCCACAACUCCAAGAAAAUAUUUUUAAAAAAUCUAGGAAAAAUCGCCCGAAAAACGGAUUAUCGAAUGUGCUAAAGACAAGUGUGAUAUUAUAUGUACAUAUAUAGUGACCUUAACUGAACAAUCUGUGUCGAAAAAUGUGGAAAACCGUGUGUGUGCUGAUUCUUCUGUCGGUCGUCUGCAGCGCAGGACCGCUGAAUUCCCACCAGAAGAGAAAAACGCCAGUGGUCCGUGAGGAACCGGUACCGGCUGAGGUGGAAAUGCCAGAGCAGACUGAGACAGAGGCAGCUCCAGCUCCACCUCAGGAGGCAGCAUCCCUGGGCACACUCACUCUGCCCAGCAAUGCCACCUCCAUUCGGGCGGAUAUCACAGAUAACUUCUCGUGCUCGAACAAAACUUAUGGCUAUUACGCGGAUGUGGAGAACGAUUGCCAAAUCUUCCAUGUGUGCCUGCCGGUGACCUAUGCCGAUGGCCGUGAGAACACCUUCCGCUGGAGCUUCAUUUGCCCCGAGGACACUAUAUUCAGUCAGGAAUCCUUCACCUGCAUGCGACGCGAGGACAUGACCAUCGAGUGCGAGGAUAGCGCCAGGUACUACGAGCUGAACGGCAACUUUGGUGGUGCAGCAGAGGAGGAGAGUAAGCCCACACCCGAGGAGAGUGAGCAGCCGGAGAAGGAGGUGAUGGAUGCCAAACCCGUUGAGGCUGAGCCAAAGGUCCCGGCAGAGCCUGCUGUUGAGGAACCCCCGAAGCCGGCUAAGCCUGUCAAGGUGCAGAAGCCCAAGCCCAAUCGCCGAAAGCCUCAGCAGCCCCAAAGAAAGGUGCCAGCUCCGGUGACCGCUGCUCCUGAAGUGGAAGCUGUUCCGGAACCAGUUGCUGCCGUGGAAGUGGAGGCCAAGCCACCGAAGCCACAACGAUUCACCAAUAGGCCAAACAAGGAUAAACCACAUGCCUACAGGCCUGCCAUCGCUGCUCCUCCACCAAUGAGGAACGAACUCUUCAAUGGCAUUCGCAAGCGUCCGGCGAUCUUCAAUAAGCCAACCAGCACGAGCACAGCCAAGCCCGUGGAGGAAGUGGAAGUGGUGGUGGAUAGCGAACCAGCAGUCACUGAGGCUGUGGUUCAGCUAAGUGAACCCCAACCCACUCUGAAGCUGCAGACCAUGUUCAAGGAACCAGCUUUAAUUCCCGUGGAAGUGCAGGAACCCAUGGCUCAAGCUUCCGAGCCAGCCGUGUCUUUCGUUCAGCCAGAGACAGUUCCGGAAGAGGUGGCACCCACCAAGAUUGAAAUCGAUACCAGGAUCGAGGAGGUAAAACCCAUUGAAGCAAUUGAGGAGAUUCCUGCUGUCAUAGUGGAAAGUUUGGAUGAAAAGAAGCCAGAGGAGAGCGAGAAGGAACCAUCUAAUGAGGAGCUUGUUAAGGCAGAAGAGGAGAUCAAGCCAGAAGAAGGAAUCAAAGCUGAAGAAUAUGUCAAACCUGAAGUAGAGAUCAAGCCAGUAGAACAGAUCCAAGCAGAAGCAGAGAUCAUGCCAGCCGAAGAGAUUCAGCCUGCAGAAGAGAUCCAGCCAGCAGAAGAGAUCAAAAGCCAAGAAGAACUCAAGUCUGACGAAAAUCUGAAACCCGAAGAGGAGCCAGAGGUACCCGCCCAAGUUGAGGAAAUCUAUGAAGCCAAGCCAGAGGAAAUCAAAGCGGAUCCUGCUAUUAUUGAAACCAGCAACUCCAAUGAGGAAACCCCCGUCAGCAUUGAAGCUUUGGAAGCAGCCAAGCCAGCCGAUGCCCCGGAAAGCAUGCCUGCCACUCCCGAAAUGGAGCAACACAGUCCGCUUGUCGAGGAAAUCCUUGAUAACAGCAGCAACAGCGAAACAGAAGGAGAGGCCCAGGAAUCCCUUGGUGGCUUCAAGCCCGUCGAUCCUGUAAUGGCCGCCGAGGCAGAACAGUUGAUCACCGAUUUCCUUAAUACCCUGAAAAAGAACGAAGAGAAAGCCGAGACUGAGAUGGCAGACACCAUUCUACCCGUGAGUAAUGCGGAUGUGUCCAUCGAGGAGGCCAAGCUGCCAGAACCCGAGAUCGUGGACAAGAAUGCCUCUGUGGAGGAGCAAAUCCUAGAGGAAUCGGAGCCCCAUAAGUCCCAAAAGCAUCAAAUGAUGAAGGACUCACCCAUUAUUAAUAUCAUGCAGUUGAGCCAUCUGCCCAUGGACUACCAGAUCCCAGUUCAGGUUAUUCCAAUGGAGGCUCAGCCCGUUCCCGAGAUUUCUGCGCCAUCAGAGGUGCCUGAAGAAGUCAAGGCGGAAAAACCUGAAGAAGUCAAAGAGGAAAAACCUAUCGAGGACAUCCAAGAAACUGUCAAGGAAGCUAUUCCGGAGGAGGUAAAGGAAAUUAUUUCCGAAACCGAGAAGGAAAUCACUCCUGAGGCGGAAUCCAAGCCGGAGGAGACUCCCAACCACGACGAUGCCCAGGAGGAGAGCCUAGUCACUGCCUCCUACAUGCCCUCUAUUAGUAUCGAUGACAUCGUGGAACUGGUGAAAGAGCGCCUCGACCAGACCCCCAAGAAGGAUCAGAUGGCUCCCAUGGAGCUGAUACUCACGCCAGGUGCGGCCGCACCCAUGACUCUGGUUCAGAGCACUCCUGCCCAGGCAGUCGAGCAGCAGUCAGAGCCGAUGGAGGAGGAGCUCAUCCUGCCCAUCUACAAGCGCGUCUCAACCGCCGAACCAGCCAUGUCCAAGGUUCAGACGCUGCCCGUGACCGGUAGCAAGGUGGAAACGGUACCCGAAUCCCAACCGGAGGUCAGAGAGCCCAAGAUGGACGCCCGCAAGCGGCGCUUCUUGUUCCGCGCCGAUGCCAGCUAAGCUCCCAAAAAGAGAGAAUCAGAGAUAGAUGGACAAAUAGCAGUCCCCGGAGCGGACCAGCCUCCUGCUCCCACUUAGCCCGAACCGGAACCCCGUUCACACCUCCUAGUUCCCUAAAACGCUAUCCCACUCAUUUGCACCUAGGCAAGUUCUACAUUAAUUAUUUUUGAUUUCCUAGUUUUAUGGCCACAAUUUCCCAAAGGAAAAACGCGCACGAGAGUUGAAAUUUAAGUUUAGAAUUGUUGUUCCCACGAGCGUUUGAAUUAAAAACAAAUUAAAACAAACAAAAAUUUGAAAAAACAAGAAAAAAAAACUUAAAAUAAAAAUCU